AUGUUGUUCUUCAAGAAGCGUGUUGAUGGCCAGAUGCACGGAUCAAUACCGACCUCGGUCACACGACUGAAGCUUGACAGCAAGUGCUUCCAUCUGCUGACAUCGGCCGCGAUGGAGGCGGUUGCAGCAGGCUCGUUGACCUACCUCAGUCUGGAGCAUCCUGGCACGGAGCAACAACAACCCAGACGAUGA